CUAACGCCGCUGUGGCGCGGCCCAGGCCGCAGGCCCCGACAGCUGCGCACAAUUAAGCGCAAAGAUAAACUGUGAAGGCACUUUCAAAGCUGCUGCGGAGGAAGGAAAUGCAUUUCUGCCUGCAGUUGUAAUGCAGGGCUUGUGCAGAGAGAGAUGAAGCGUGAAGCGAAGGUCAGCUGAUGUUUUUUGGACUGAUGCAGCACUGAUGACAGGAAUGUGAUCUGUGCUCUAGGUUUGGAGAUAUGAAGACUGGUCUGCAUGUACAAAUGUCACUGAAGUAAUCUUUGGACUUAGAUCACUGCUCACUGCUUAGAGAAGGUUUACCAUUUACAUGAAAAUUAAGUAUAAGAGUUAUCAUCAGAUUUGUAGACCUGGAUUCGCAGUAUGGAACUUGGAGAAGAAUGCAGGAUCCUGCCAGUCAGGAGGAAUUUCUUCCUGGGUUGUCUGGCAUUGGAAUGGGCUCUCCAGUCACAAUUUUUCCUGCCUACUUGAAGACUCAAGCAUCUUGGUACCCCUUUUUAUUUAAUGGAGCCAUUGGACAUUCAGUGAUACUCCCAAGCUGCUUCAACACAGCCACCCCUGCCCUGUGCUUUUGGGCCCACAAGGAUGACAAUUUACCUGCCCCACCUGCACUCUCUAGGAGCACUGAAAGCUAUGCUCAGGGGAUGCUCCUGGGGGCUGAUAUUUCAUAUCACCAGCUUGCCAUGCCCGUCUAUGACAGGGAGAACAUUUUAGUCGCUCGCCUUGUUGGGUUGCAAACCUUUAUGAACACCGCAACGAAUAUCCCCGGCUUGUGUGAUGUGGAGAAUUGCUUCUGCACAGAGAGACUGCAAACCUGUUCAAUUAAAGGAAAUGCUCAGAUCCAGCUGUUGGAGUCCCAUGAAUGCCAGGACUCCUCACAGGGUAAGACCAGCGCACUCUGCCCUUGGAACAGAUACGACGAUUUGCGCCCUAAUUCUCCUGAAAAAAAGAGUCUUUGUUGGGAGAGGACGACUGGGGAAAGGAGGAGGAAUGCAGAGCGUGUGCAGAAAAUGCCCAGUGAGACCAAGUUUUCUGCAGAUAACAGAGGGGGCUCUAUAGCAUGAGCCUGGUAACGAGGCACCACCAGAAGCACGUACGGUACAAGCUCCUGUUACAGCCAUAGAAUUGCCUUGCAGCAGCUGAGCCCACAGGCUCUGUGCAAGAAAUUUUGCUGAAGAAAUCCCCUCUGCACGUGGCCAGCAGCCUGAAUCAGCCUUUUCUGGUGGAUGGUGAAACAGUGGAAGACCUUUAAAGCGAAUUGCUGCCAUGGGGUUUGUCUGGCUGUGAGGUAAGUUAAGAUGCAAAACCAGAGACAGGUGUGGUCCAGCUGAUGAGGUGGUAUAUAAAUCAAGAGUUGGGACACUAAGGUUUUUUGCAGAUGUGCUUCCCUGAGGAGGAAGAGGGGACGAUUUGGCUCCAGGAGCUGCAGUUUUGUCCCACCCCAUGUACCUGUUCCUGCAACCUCAGCAUCUCUCCUGCUGCUGUGGGGGUGCUUCCCUGAGAUCAGUCUGCCAGCUUGCACCUUCACCUGCAGGGCUGUGGCUCCUGUAGCCACAGAGACCUGCUCCUGUGUGCAGGGAGAGUGUUAGGCCUCCCUUGACAGAGCCAGGGCCGUGCUGAGAGGGGGAGUGGGACACAGAAAACCCUUCCAGCCUGGAGGAACCAGCAGCACUGCAGGCAGAAUCCUGUUGCACAGCAGCCAGACUGGCUGGCACCCCAACAGGGCACUUCAUCCCCAGACAGCUGCAGCUGGCCGUGACAACAGCCAUGCUGGGCAGGGCUGGAGCAGGCUGCAGGGCAGCUAUGGGGGGAAUGCAGUGGCACCCAGGGGUGCUGCUUCCUGCACUGCACAAACCACACGUGCUGUACGCGUGAGACACAAACCCCUCGUGCCUGCCCCCAGUGCACACCACGCUGGAGACACAAAAUACACAGCCCUCCUCUCCUGAAACACACACCACCCCUGCUGCACAGCACUUCCACUCUGCUCACGUGGCAAGCAAAGUAGGGGUGUGCUGCAGACAUGGGGUACAAGCCACAUCAGCCAGCCUCAGGGGGCAGGGUCUGGGUGCUACUCCUGCUUUGCCAGUUCAGGUUUCCCAACCCCUUCCUUUUUGCACUGCUGGGAUUGACAGUAAGCAAAAACAGAGCUCAGCACAUCCCCCCUGGGUAGGACAGCAGAGAAAGCAGCAUUCACCAUCUCCAUUCUUUCCUCUGCCCAUCACCUUUAACCAAACAACAUCCAUGAGAUUUGUCUUAGACCAUCUCAGCCUUCCCAAAGCACUUGUCCUGUUGACCCUCAAUAAUUUCAGGAUGCAUUCAAGUCUUGCUUGAGGCAACGCUGUGCCUGCUGGUUCACACUAAGCCAUGCACAGUGCUAAAGACACAGCUGGGUAGCUCAGGAGCAGAAGGCUGUUACAAGCUGGAGACUGACACUCAUUUCCCCCAAAUAUUUGAUAACAGUGGUUAAUUUCAAUGUCCUACCUGAGUCACUUGUUUGAAGCCAAGUAACCAAAACCAACAACAACAAAAAAAGCUUUUGUACCUUGGCACUAUGGUACAGCAACCAUCCCUCUGCAGUGUGGGCUUCAAGCUGGUUGACUUAAUUCAAAACUGUCUGGUCAAAGACAGUUUAUUUGCCAGGUAUAUGCACCCUUUUCCAAGUAAAACAUUCCAUCUCAGUAAGGUGGUUAACAGCCCACCCUUUCACCCUUAGGAGAAGCAGAUGCCGACUCCAGCACUCCACAGCAGCAAGUCAGAGGCAGUCCCCAAACAACUCUCUGCCUGUGCUGUGGCACAGCAGAUGCUCAGCUAGGGAAGAGCCAGCCUGCUCCCCUCUGUAACCCAACUCCCCCUGCCACAGCCUGGGUGUUUCAGCUGUGAGGGAGCCUUAGCAGGAAUGCUGCAGGACAGUGCUCCUGCCUGCUGAGCAUAGCUUUGAUGGUCACACAUCUUCCUUCUAGCUGGAGGGACUUGCAUGCCCAGCAGGCAGGCAGAGACCUGCCUUUCUCACAUAACUGCUCCUGGUGCUGUUAAUAAACCAAGCCUGGAGCAAGAGCUGUAUUUUGAUUGAUCCUGGACAGAGUGACUCACCAGGUUUGCUGUGGUGGAAGCAGCGUCUUAAAAAAAUGAAAACAAUCAACAACAACAACAACACAAACAAACAACAACAAAAUGCUAUUAAGCACAAUAAGCUGUUGCAUGUUCUGCCUCAGGGUGCAGGCCUGUGCUGGGGCUGAGAAGAGCAGGACAUACUGGUUUUUUGGGGAUUUUUAAAUUGUUUGUUUAUGUAUUGACUCACAAGCAGGUGAGGGCACUCUCCUCCCCUCUGGAAUCCUUCAGCAUCUGAGUGUCACUUGCUCUGUUCACCAAGAGCCACCCACCAAAAUCCACUCUCAGCUUCAGGCCACCAGCAGCACGUCCUUGGAGUUCACUG